GAGUGAUUUAUACAAAUUGGAAGAGGGAAAUUUUUUGUCACACACUCGGUAUGGGUAGCCUAAGGAAUUUUGCAGUAAUAACGAAUUAGAACAGCAAUAAGAACAACAUACACGACAUUAAUUUAAUUGUAUUAAUGCAACCAUCGUCAUAUAAGUAAUAUGACGCGUAAGGGAAAAAUCGCAGUUACCGGAAAAACUUCUGUACAGUAUAUAAUGUUACAGUAAUGUUAUUUUGGGGUGUUAUACAAAACACUUUAUUUUAAGCUUGAGGAGCGUCUGAGCGUGUUGGCUUGCCAUAGUUCGUGACACAACAUCCUGCUAGGAGAUCAAUUGUUUCUGGAGCGGUGAGACGCGAUGCGGUUCCCGACCCGCCCGAUCCGCACUCCACCGUCCACGGAGGGCUUUUUCCGAGCCAGAACCUGAAAUGGCCAUGACCCUAUUAAUGAAAAUCGGAGUAACGCGUUAACGCGACACUCGUUUAAAAAGGAUACAACUAAUACGAGAAAAUCUGGGAAGGGGAUACGGCACAAGCUAUAAUUUUACUGGAGCAACAGCUGCAGGGAGAAGAGCUGUAUGGUCAUGCAUCCCGCGUUCGGCCUGGCAGUGACGUGCACAGGGCAUCGCCUCGACAGGGACCUGGGACCGGCACAUGGAAACUUGGCCAGAGAUUUAACUGAAGAAUUUUUGCAGUCACUGAUAUUGAACCACUGUGAUACGUUAUAACGAUUGUCAGGGUCAUACAGAAAGGAAAAACAUCAAAGCUAAUUGUGCUGCACAAACACACGCAAGCAAACACACACACUCUCUCACCCAAUACACACACACACACACACACGUUGGUACACCUGCUAGCUUAUUGGUUCCUCCCUACCUGCCACACAGGUAAUCUCCAGCACACACACCUCCAAACACGCAUAGACACACAAUUCCAAGAUGGCCCUAGAGAACUUCACCUCCAUCCCGGAGUCCAUCUCCCUCCCCGUCACCGAGAAACGGGAAGGGCCCACGGACGAUGCGCCGGAGCCGUCUACGCCCGCGGGAAUCUUCAACGUCUCCGAAGAACUGGGGCACGUCGUCACCACGGAGACGGCGCCACCCUCCAAGGCCUCGUCCAAUAACAGAGCGUUCCAGGCAAAGAUGGCUGCCCGAGAGGCUCAGGCUGAGGCGUAUCAGCAGCAGAAGAAGGCUCAGGGAGCCGGGAGCGAAAAGGGCAAGUUUGGCUGGGGGCGCAACAAGCGGAAACGGCAGCGCUACGUGGAGAAGAACGGCAGGUGCAAUGUCCAGCACGGGAACAUGAGGGAGACGUACCGGUACCUGACGGACAUCUUCACCACGCUGGUGGAUCUCAACUGGCGCUGCUCGCUCUUCGUCUUCGUCAUGGCCUACGCCGUCACCUGGCUCUUCUUCGGGGCCAUAUGGUACCUGAUUGCCUAUUGCAGAGGUGACCUGGACCACCUGGAAGAUGAGACGUGGACGCCGUGCGUCGACAACGUCAACGGCUUCAUCUCCGCGUUCCUCUUCUCCAUCGAGACGGAGACCACCAUCGGGUACGGCUAUCGGGUCAUCACGGACCAGUGCCCUGUGGGAACCAUGCUGUUGCUGCUGCAGGCCAUUCUCGGAUCCAUGGUCAAUGCCUUCAUGGUGGGCUGCAUGUUCGUGAAGAUCUCGCAGCCGAACAAGCGCGCAGAGACGCUGGUCUUCUCCCGAAAUGCUGUCAUCUCUCUGAGGGACGACCGACUGUGCCUCAUGUUCCGUGUCGGGGACCUGCGCAGCUCGCACAUCGUGGGCGCCAACAUGCGAGCCAAGCUCAUCAAGUCCAAGCAGACUCAGGAAGGGGAGUUCAUUCCUCUGGACCAGACAGACAUCAGCCUGGGCUUUGAGACGGGAGACGACCGCCUCUUCCUGGUGUCUCCGCUGGUGAUCUCGCACGAGAUCGAUUCCCGCUCGGCCUUCUGGGACAUGUCGCAGGCGCAACUGGAGAAGGAGGACUUUGAGAUUGUGGUCAUACUGGAGGGAAUGGUAGAAGCCACUGGCAUGACGUGCCAAGCCCGCAGCUCCUACCUGGCUGAGGAGGUCCUCUGGGGUCACCGCUUCAGCCCCAUGAUGUCGCUGGCUGAGGGCUUCUUCGACGUGGACUACGGGGCGUUCCACCACACCUUCGAGGUGGACACGCCUUCAUGCUCGGCCAGAGAGCUGUCAUUGGCUGCCGCCCGCCUAGACGCCCAUCUCUACUGGUCGAUCUCUAGCCGCCUAGACGAGGAGAGGUGGGAGGGUCCCAAUCUCCUUGACCCUGUGGAGAAGCAGGCUGACAGUGGCUCAGCCAAUGGGAAAGAGGGUGUUGGGCCAAAAUUUGUUGUAGGCGGGACUCCAGAAAACCAGGACCAAUCAGGGCAGGGAGAGCAGAAUGGCAGUGUUACCACAGACCAAUCAGAGUCAGAAGCUUGAGAAAAAGGAAAAAAAGCCGACAACUAUUUAUUACAAAGAACAAGAUAGAACACUGAAAUAGCUAAAAUGCUAACUUUGUAUUAGGUACACAACGAAAUUAGAAAUCAAUAAAAAAAAAAUAGACAGAUGUAGCAAAGUCUGUUGUUUCCUAGUAGUGUAAAUGUUAUAUAAGAUUUUUUUUUCUGCUUAAAUGUACCUAAUAUACUUGUCGGGAGUUAGAAACUAUGGUAAUACAAACCUAUUUGUCUGCAUAAUUAGCAAGUAAGUGGUAAUUUUAUUCUGGCUGACGGUUAAUUUUGGAGGUACCAGGUAAUCAAUAGAGAAGAGUUUGCUGGCAGAGGGACACAGAGGCGGACGGAUUUAAAGGGCAGGUGCUGAGAAUCCCGGAGAGAGCUCAUUAUGGGGGAGUGACACCGGAGAGACAAGCUGAGAUGGAAAUGCCACCAAGUAUGGAAUUUGUCACAGAUUCUGUGAAUGGAGAUCCUGAUAGGGAACAGAUGGUGGCUCUCAACAAGUAUCCUUCAGAAGUAUAUACUAAUGGCUUUUCGCUGCAAACGCAUCUCGCAAGGAAACGCAUUAAUGGUCUUUAGAAAAAUAGACUGAUGGUUUAUAGAAUAACAGGCCGAUAAACACCACAGUGUCUCUUAAAACUUUCGAUAAUUGUUGCAGAUGCAGUUUUUAAAUGCACAUAUUUACACACCAUGGGUAUUCUGUAGGGCAAAGUGAGCAAAGAUAUCUUUCUCAAGUUUCUCAAUUUUUCAAGAUUUAUUGUAUUUCUGUAUACAAGCUGGCAGUUUGCCCUGCAACUGGAUAUUAUAUAUAAAAUGGGUAUUUUCACUUAAACAGAUCAACUAUCCAAGGAAAAACAUGUUAGUCGUCACAGUUAAUGCUUUUUAAAGUCAGCAUUGACUUGCGAAGGUACAAACCACACAUGUAUCGUGUAAAAAAAGAUGGAUUCUGAUUGACACGAUUAGCUUCUCUUCUCGUUGCUUAAAGUUUGUGAAAGCCGUUUUCUGGCGUUUUAAUAUGACUUAAACGUAUUAGAAAUUAGCGAUAUUUAACAUGGAUUCUAGAAAUUUUUCAUAUCGCUGCAAUAUAAUAUCUAUUUUUUUCAACUCUUACUGUUUACCUUUGUCUAUUUAUGUACCUGUUUAUAUGAUUUUUUUGAUGUGGUAAAUAUCUGCUGUGUGACAGUCGCACCCUCAUUAACACCCUGUCCUUCUGCUCGAGCUGAUUCAUAUUUCAUAAGCACUGGCUGCCAAAGCUGCUGCGCCCGCGGUGGGCUGUGUUUACUCUCACACUCGCUGCCCAAUCCAGGGGGAUUGUGGGUAAUUCAUAUUAGCCACCACUGUUCUCAGCUGGACCUCUGGGAUUACGGGUAAAUGUUCAGCUAUUAAUUUUGUCCUGACCUUUCAUCCACUGCCGGCCCCCGCCGCCACCCCCCAAUCACACGCCAAAUUACUAUUCCUGUCACAUUUGUCUCUACCUUACGAAGACGGUGUAAUAAAGGAUAACAUGAAACA